CAUUUAAUGUUGUUGUGCAAUGCUGACGCAUAUAUAGUGUUACAGUUUUAACGUAAUAUGAAGUGCUCAUAAGUGUUUUUUGCGUUUUAUUGUUGUUUAUUGAGAAUAUUAACCGAAUUAUGAUAGUUAUAUUAGUAUGUAUAAUACUAAUGUGGAAAGAUGAGAUUUAAACUACUUCCCGCUAUUUGUACAGUUGUGUGAAGGUAGUUGUUACUGCUGCGAUUAUUUCGUACGAUUGCGUACAACUUCAGUAUAUAUGGAGCAUGGGCUCUGGUUACGCCUCUCUGUCAAAAUAAUGACAUGCAUACAUGUUAAAAUAAAUAAGACUAUUUUAAGCAGUCGUAGAACCAAUAAGGAUUGCAUAUGCUACUGUCUUGGUAAGAGUGAAUAAUAUGCAAGAACUACGCUAGUUUAUGGAAACUACAUGACAACGUCGGAAGGUUCUACAAUUGAUUUGAGGAGAGUACAGAUUAUUAUUUAUACACAAUGGCAGCAAUUCGCCAUACAUUACAACGUGAAAUCUUCAUGCCAAAUGAUGAGAAACUUUUAAGUGUAUGCUACGUGAGCAAAGCAUAUAAAAAAAAGAAAACAAGCUUUCUGUGUUUGACAACAACUACAGAUACACCGGGAGUACUGUUACUUUACCAGGUUAAGAAGAACGAUAAGAAUGUCUUCAAGAAAAAGCAAUCUUGGCCUCUUACCGAUAUACAAACAGUAGACAGUGUUACUCCUGAUUCUCUUGAUUUAGAAUUACAUAUUGACAAAGUCUACAAAUGGUCUGCUACAACAGCACAAGAACGACGAACAUUCAUAAGCAAUUUGUAUACUUACUCAUGCAGUCUACCACAGAGACCAACAUUCAAGAAUAUUCCGAAGGAUUGGCUGAUGGAUCCAGUCACAUUGAAGGAGAGCGACAGUAUAAGUUUUACACCAGAUUUACUGGCAUCUCCUAUCCCAUCUGAUUAUCAACCAAUAACCGAUAAGGAAGCAGCAGAUUUGGCGACUUUAAUGUCAGGAUGCGAUUAUGCAGUAUCUAACGCAGAACUUUUCAUGGAGACUCUUUCAAAGGAUCUGUCGGUUCUUGAUGGGGAAAAUGUUCAAUCAGUUCUUGCAUCUGAAACUCAAGUAACACAACUCAUGAAUGGUAUUGAAGAAGCUAUUACAGAAGCUUCCCUUGUAGAAGCUCGACUUGCAGUGUACGACGAAGCUCUUGGUAGGAUAAGAGAAGCAAUGGCUAGAGUGGGCCAGAAGAAUCAAGCAAUUCAUACAGCGAAUCACAAUGCUAGACUACUCUUGGAACAAUUGGAUGCUGUAAUAACUCAACUGGAUAUUCCGGCUAAACAUCAACGUGUCCUCAGUGAAGCGGAGCUUCCUGGUGGUCGAGAGGAACUAAGUCUAGCAGGUACUGCAUUAUUAAAAGCAAUGCAAGCUCCACUUCCUCCGGGGCUCGACAGACUCGGUGCGGUCUCAGAACAAAGAAGACGCCUGGAUAAACUGAAAGCGAAAUUUUCAUUAAUAGUUGCUAGACAUUUAAACAAUCUUUUUAUUCAUCUGGGAAACGAUAUUGGCGAGACUCCAGCAUCGACAACAGACUUAACACUGCCAGCUCAUCAGACAGUUCAUCGUGAACUAGAACCUUAUACAGAACUGAUGCGACUACUGCGGGCCCUGGAUAACAAAGCAUUCAUGCAAUUAACAAAGGUCUACACGGGCACAAUGAGUAAAUUGUAUCAAAGGGACUUGAAGCUCUUCUUCGAGGAGGCCAAGACGCGUCUAAUCGGGAAACGACUUCACAACAACCCAUCAAAGUCCAGUGGGCAGAAAGGCGAGGACCUGGUGCCAGCAGCACCGAUUUGUCUUCUUGGCGGUGAAAUCUGGGCGCCUCAAGGUGAAGGUGCUUUCCUGGACUCUGUUUUGGAUCGUGCCCUAUCUCAGAUGCAACCGGUUUGCCUAGCUGAACAAGCCUUUUGUAUAUCCUUCCUUCAACUGGACUCCGUUCUGUCCCCAUCGAAGGGCAGUGAAGCUGAUGAGGUUGAUAAUAUGAGUAACGGAGCAACAAGUCCUGGAUCAGCCACUUCAACAGCUAGUAAAAAAUUGGAACGCCAACUCAACGAGGAAGUGCGAGCGACCAUGGCUGCCAUAUUUCCUUCUUUGGAACCGGAACUGAAUAACUUUAUAUCAUAUCUAGAUAAAAUAGACAGCUUUUGGUGUAUGUUCGUCCUGGUGCGGUUAUCUCAACACGUAAUGUCAGCACAGGAUACUGGAUCGUUCCUGUCGAUGACCUUUGCUUCUGCACUUGUCCAAGUCAAAAGGUCAUUCGACAAAUUCAUGCAAGCCCAGCUUCAAUCUAUUUUACGCGACACUAAGGUCAAUCGCAGGAAUAAGUGUGGUAUACUGCCGUACGUGGAGAACUUUGAGAACUUUGCUAGAACUGCAGAGAAGAUCUUCAAGAAUUCAGACAGAAAAAUUGACCUUGAGAAAUGGUACACGAAAUUGGUCAGUGCCAUGUUCGAGGCCAUUGUUAUUCAUAGUGCAGAACAUCAUAAAACGCCACAGGAAGUUAUUAAAAUGGAGAACUUUCAUCAUCUUUACGAUCUUCUGUCUCAAUUAAAAAUCUCUGUGUUGGAUCACGAACGUAAAGAAGCGAAGCAAAAAUAUCAUGAUGCUUUAAGAGCUUAUGUUAUACAAUAUUUUGGGCGGCCUUUAGAGAAACUAAACCUAUUCUUCGAAGGAGUCCAAGCAAAAGUAGGCGCUGGUGUUAAGGAAUCAGAAAUUAGUUAUCAAAUGGCCUUUAGUAAACAGGAAUUACGAAGAGUAGUUAAAGAGUAUCCAGCAAGAGAAGUAAAGAAAGGGCUGGAGAAUUUGUACAGAAAGGUUGAGAAACACUUGUGCGAGGAGGAAAAUUUGCUUCAGGUUGUAUGGCGCGAGAUGCAGGGAGAAUUUAUCGCACAGUAUAUCUACAUUGAAGAACUGAUCCAGCGCUGUUAUCCGGACAGUAUGGUAACUUUAGAAUUUACCAUACAAGAUAUUUUAGAAUUCUUUUCGGAAAUAGCGCGAUCUCACUAAACCCCA